GCUGGCGCUGCUGCGUGCAGGUAAAAGGAACAAGCGACACAAAACAGAAAACAUUUAUCUUGGCAGAAAGCAAGGAGUGCGAUGGAAACGGACUCUACGGUGAAACAUUUUUGCGCCGCAGAAAAGCUAAACGUUUAGGUCGGCGAGAAAGCGCAACACCUUCAGCUUCUUGAAAGAAAGUGCCGUUGUGUCAACCAUCGCUCGGCUCCCGGGCACGCUUUGUACCGCAAGCAACUUGGACAGCUGCGUGUUUUCAAGCCAGCCAUCAACAAAGAAUGAAAGCAUUCAAACGAGCUCUGGAAGAAGAGCAUCGCCCGGAUCAGGAGCACUCUUCGGCAAUGUCGGACAGUGAUGACGGCUCGCCGCUCGACCUGUCAGGAAGGGGGCUUUUCGGGAAGCGCCGUCGCCGCGGCAACCUGCCCAAGGACGCGGUGCAGACUCUGCGGAGCUGGCUGUACGAACACCGCUUCAACGCCUACCCGUCAGAGCAGGAGAAACUCAGUCUGUCGGGCCAGACCAACCUCUCUGUGCUGCAGAUAUGUAACUGGUUUAUCAACGCGCGUCGUCGCCUCCUCCCUGACCUGCUUCGCAAAGAUGGCAAAGAUCCCACCAAGUUCACCAUCUCGCGCAAGGUCGGCAGUAAAAGUGACAGCCACUACAAUGGAGGCUGGAGCAGAUCUUCAGAAAGCAACUCUUCCACCAGCCCCUCUCAACAACGCCCGUCGGUCAUCCGCUCCGCCCCGAUACUGGACCUCAGUCUUCUCGGGAACACGGCGACGGCUAUUCUCACGGGAGCGGGUUUCCCUGGUAACGAAGGGUCGGUCCAGGCGCUGAUGAGGCUGGACACACAGAGCCUGAUAAGGGAAGCAGAGGAACAGAGGGCAAACACGUUUUGUCUCGCCAGCACAACAAUGGCAGCUAGCCCCAGCGUUGGACUCUUCAACACGCCUCCCCCCACUCCCCCCGAGCUGUUCACCACUCAGGACUUCAGCGACCUGAGGCUCCUGGUGGACGCAGCUCUGCAGAGGGCCGCAGAACAGGAGAACCUGAAGAGGCUACAGGAGAGCCAGAGCAGACCCACAGAGGCUGUAAAGACUGAACAGGUGGAGUCGCAGUGUUACAGCAGUGACAUGGGCCCCACUCCGCCUCCAGAGGACAGCCAACAAGUCAUGGAUCCUUCCAGGGUUCAGAGUCUGAUGGAGAAGGCUAUGGCUGUGUCUGUGUCAGCUGUUACUGCAGUACAGGAUCUAGAAAUGCUUCCUUUAACAGCCUCAGUAUCGGUACCAGUGCCGGUGCCCGUUCCAGCCUUGGUUUCAGCCCCGAGGCUGUCUCCUCUCCUCAUGAAUAAAGUCACCUGGAGCCCCGUGGAGAAUGACAUAACUUCCAGCGCAAAGCAGGCUCCGCUCCUCCCAGCCCAUCUGCCAAUCGUAGUGCCAGAGUCCGCAGUCUUAGGACUGCACAAUCCUCAGAACCCAGCUGCUGCUCAAGCCAAAGCCCCAGCUUCAUCUCCAGCUCCACUGCCCACUACAUGUCCUACAGAGUUGGUAUCUGUUCCAUCACCUGUUGUACUCCCAGCCACAAGUCCUUUCAGCCAGACAUCAUCCCAUACGCUUUUUCCAGCUGCUCCUUCUCCAGCCAUCACAGACCCCAGAGGUGUCCCACUUUACCUGCCAUUCCACAAAUCCCCCGUCAUCCCAGUCACAGUUCCAUGUACGCCGCUCCUUUCAGCUGCAGUGUCGUCUCCGGCCUCUGCCCAAACUCCAACUCCCCUCCCUGUUUCAAUCCCAACAUCAUCCUUUACACCAGCGAUGCAGCCCCCUCUGGGCCUGAUGUCCCACCUCUCUGCUCCUCUUCAGCUUUCUUCCGGCAGCAUUAGUGUUAGCAGCGCACAGAGGAAUUCAGCAGUGGUGCCCAGUGUUUGGAGCAUGGUCCAUGCUGAUGGCAGGCAACCCACUUCUCUUAAAGUGGUAAAGACCCCCAUCACCACAGUGUGGGGCCUGCACACAGUGAGUGAAGCUGUUAACUAGGAGCUGAUUUUUUGUUCUUUUUCUUUUUAAUAUAAAUAUAUAUAUCUUGGAGGAGAGAGGCCAAACAUUCCUGUUGGCUGGACUACACUGUACAUAGGAGAAUGUAUGUUCAUCACCAGUCCCCUUUCGUCGUAAACGCAUGUGCCUGCAGAAAACAGGAUGUGAAAUCAGAUUUAUGAACAAAGUGAAGUAACAAACAUGAGGUGUUAUAAAGACUUGCUGUUUCAAGCAACCUUUUUUUAAAUGUGCUGUUCCUCGAUGAAGGCACCUGCCGGUAAGAACACUUUUGAUGUCAUUUCUCAAAAAGGAACAUUCCUGUGUGGAGAGCUAAUGUGUUGUACAGUUUUGAUGCCAUUUUCAAACCUCUUUCCGCAUUACAAUUUAUGAAUGAAGAUGAAAUAUCCCGUAAUUGUACAAAAGGUCAAAUUAUUUCAGGACCAGCAGUUAGCCUCUUCAGUAGCAGACCUGGACUGUAUUGAAUGUACAAAGACAUUGAUAUCAUUGGCUAGGCUGCCUAUCAUCCAUUCCCCUCCAGCAUAAAAAGGAGGGAAUUUGUUUUGUUAUUCCCACGCAUAGCAACAAUGUUGUAGUCAUUCAGAUUUUCUUUCAAGAAUUGAGUCUGUUCUUUUUUAUAAAUUCACCCUGUUUUUCUCAGAGGAGCACAAGGGAAAUUGAUUGUACUGCAGUGAGUCUGUCUCAAUGACUCGCCUCAAUGUGUCUGUCUCCAUCACACCCCACCCCCUUCUUCCUGGCUUUUUAUAGCAGAGGGGAUUCAUUUGCACUCAUGAAUUGUCAUCUCCACCACUCAACGCAUGCUUUAAAGCAUCACGUAUUUUCUUAUUUUGCUAUUUCCAAUCCAUAAAAACAAAACCCUAUUUUCUGUGUUUUUGCUCAAAGCAAAGCAGUUCUGUCCGUUUAAUUGUCCGAGAUCCGUUGUGUACGAUUUUCAGGGACUGUUGUUGAAGUGCGCUGUGGCCACAGGAUGAAGGGGAGAGGGUCACAUUGGAUCUGUUACAGAAAUCAAUUUCAGUGAAGAGGUGAGCAGCUUGGUGGUCUGAUGACAUCGAGCUCUUAACAGCUCCUGGAAUGAAACUUUAAACCUGCUCUGAGACUUUAUCUUUUGUGGUGGAAAAACACUUUAAACAUUGGAUCCAUUAUUAUAUGCAUUUUCCAGAUUUCCCAGUUCAUUUGGGGCCAUAUGAAUUUGUCAAUUUAGUUCAAACCUGAAUGUCUUACUAUUUGAAAGUUGAAUUGAUGCAUGUAGUGUCUUGACAAAACAAAUGUAGCGGAUGAUCUGCAAUGGCAGACAUUUGCUGGAGGUUUUCCUCCCAAGGGGGGUACAACAGCACAACAUAAUCAAGUUUUCCUCGUCUGUGCUCAUCCACCUGUAUUUAGAAAUGGUUACAAUAGGAUUUCUUAUCAUUCACAAAGCUGUAGUUUCCAUGAAACUGUUGUAGCAUAAACCUCAAUAUAUGACUGAAUGCCAUCAGGGCAUCAGUUAACGGUGGCAUCAUGUGGAAGAGUUCCUAUGUGAAUAAUACUAUAGCAGGAUUGUGCAUUAAAUCUUCACAACUGUCAUGUUUACCGGUGUCAUUUAGCUGUACACGAUAUCGUUUUACAACUGCAAGUAGCAGGAGACAACAGAAGAAGAAAGUCUGAUGAUUGGUCAGAGUUUUUGCUUCAUCGCACUCGGAAAGCUUUCAUAGCAGAUAUCAAAUCUCGUACGCUGUGUUUUGUUUGACCCUCCUUACUGCUUGUAAUGCUCUGUGGAUGUCGUAGGAGGUACUCACUAGACUGAUGUGCAUUUAUACCUCAAUUUACACAGGUCAUGUCAGACUUGGGUCAUAUGUAGAAUACUAAGUAUUAAAGUAAUAUUUUUAUUGUUCAUACUACAUCAUGCCACUGUGACAAAACCUCUUAUCUGAUGACCUACUGGAAACGGCUGGCUAAAGAUUAGGAAGGCAGGUUUUUUUUAUAGCACGGUUAAUGUGAUUUUUAGAUGCAAAAUGUCGCUCCAAUCAGAUCUGACAAUGUGACACAUGUACAUAUUUUUCAAGGUCAUGUUCUUUUGUUUGUAUUGGUAUUUUUUUCACAAAAAUAUCAAACUGUCGUUUAUUUACAGCCAAACGCAUUAUUAUAAAAAGUCUUUUUCAAGUUUGUUGUGAAUCAUGACUGACCGCUAGCAGUAUGAUAGGCUGCUGUGCCUUAAACCUACGACUGAGGGACUAAUGUCUCUUUUUUUUAUAUAAAAACUUCUCAAUAGUCUGUGCAAUAUAUGCCUUAAACUUUAAAUGUGUUUUUGUAUAAGCAUUUCAAAGAAAUAAAAGUUCAGUUUUUCAUAAAUGCUA